AUGAGUCAAUCUCUUUGUUUGUUCACAAUUUGUUGCUCCAUUCUUUUGGUUGGCAUCAAAGCCGAUAUUGCGGAUUGUGAUUAUUUCGAUACUGUGGAUCUAAAGCGUGGCUUCAAGUUCGAAAAUGGAUCGUAUAGGUACGAGGAUCUCAUUGUUCCCGCCCAUUUGACAGGGGAAUAUGACUACAAGGUCACGUACGAUGGAGACAGAGAACCGGUUCCCAAGCACAUCCGAGGAUGUGUGUGCAAGUUAAGGCCGUGUAUACGCUUGUGUUGCCAUUCCAAGAAGAUCAUGGAAAGCGAUGGCACGGGAUGCUCCGCGGACUAUAUAAACGAAACUCUCAGCUAUGAUUAUACUCUGAAUGUAACGCUGAAGGAUGGAACUGUGUUGAAAAGGCACAUUCUCAAGGAUAUCAUACUGCAGGAGGAGCUUCCCUUGCCCUGUCAGGAGCAUUACUCUCUAAAUCAAGAGCUGUCAGAUGACGAUAAAUGGACCUUAUUCGAUAAUGGAACACUGUUCCGCCAUUACGAUCAGGCCUUUCUCUCCAAGCAGGACUAUUGUCUGCAACCUCAAAUGUCGGGUAAUGGUACAGCCUACAGCCUGGCCCCAUAUAACUGCAUUAUACAGCCAUCUUUGACCAUGGGUUAUGGUUACGCUGGUUACUUCAUGGCCAUGGCCACCUUUCUUUGGCUUUCCGCAAUCAGUUUUGAUGUUUGGCGGCAUUUUGGCCUGCACUCUGCCCAAAUAUUCCAAAGCAGCAAUCGUUCAAUGUUCCUCGUCUACAAUCUCAUCGCUUGGAGCUUAGCUGGAUUCCUAACAUUGGUCAUAUUUUUGGUCGAUCAGUACUUAGACGAGGUUACUGGAUACACCUUGCUACCUGGUGUGGGCAUGUAUUCCUGCUGGAUAAACACUGACUCCUGGUCCGGAAUGCUAUAUUUUUAUUUGCCAAUCGCCAUCCUUAUAUCCUUUAACAUAAUCAUGUACAUUUUGACGAGUCGGCAUAUUUACGAGGAGAACAAGAGCAGGACAAAAGUGCUUAGCAAAUUCGAAGAAAAGCAGCAAUCCAGAAAUCGAGAUAACUUCGGCCUGUAUCUGUAUUUGUUCAUCAUUAUGGGUGGAUCUUGGCUAUUGGAAAUUUUGGCGUUCAUUUGUGAACUAGAAGAUGUAUGGAAGCCUUUUGUCACAGUGAAUGAAAUUAUAAACUCCAGCCAGGGCAUCAUUAUAUUUUUGGUAACCAUCUGCAACAAGGAGUUGCUCAGAGACAUUCGUGAUAGAAUCUUAGGGAAAAGGACAACUGGCAUUGAGUUGGAAACGUGUAACAUGACUCAGGACUAUCCGCUGAUGCAGCAAGGAAAUUAA